UGGAAAUCUGACAGCAGAAGGAAGGGGAAGUUGACAGUAAGAGCAGAGAGAGAGGGGGUUUCUCAUAUAAGCUGCAGCAGCUCAGUGCGUCCUCCAGAGGCGAUGCUGGAGUCUGGAGAGACGAGCGCUGCUGCCAUCAUGCCGUGCACAGCAGGCUUAAAACAGGGACAAAGUUUAUACAUUGAGCAUUAACCUGCUGCUUGUUUAUCCACCGCUCUUCAGACAGUAACAUGGAGUACUGGAGGCAGUGUGCGAUGUGGCUGAUCAGCUGCAACGUGCUGCCGGAGAAGCACCGUGUGACCGCGGACACGUCGCAGGUGUUCGACCUGGCUCAGACUCUGCGGGACGGGGUGCUGCUCUGCCAGCUGCUCAACAACCUGAGACCUCUCACCAUCAACCUGAAGGAGAUCAACCUCAGGCCACAGAUGUCACAGUUCCUAUGCUUGAAGAACAUCCGCACCUUCCUGACGUCUUGCUAUGAGGUGUUUGGGAUGAAGAAAAAGGACUUAUUUGAAGCCUUCGACCUCUUCGAUGUUCGAGACUUUGGAAAGGUUAUGGACACUCUAUCCAAGCUCUCCUACACAGCUAUUGCACAGCAAGGAGGAUUCAAGCCGUUUCCAACAGAGGAGAGCCUACAAGACGAGGGCAUUUACAAUAAUCUGGAAGACUUGAUUGAUGAGAAUGCUCUUGAGGACGAGGACGACUUGUAUGCAGCGGUCUAUGGGUUGGAAGAAGACUACGCAGGAGGAGAGAUCUAUGAAGACCUCAUGAGGACUGAGCAGCAUCCCCCAUUGCAGGCAGAGGUGGAUGUCCGCAGCUGCUGCCUCACAGAGAUCAAACAGACGGAGGAGAAAUACACAGAGACCCUGGAGUCCAUCGAGAAGUAUUUCCUGAAUCCUCUGAGGAAUUUUUUCUCUGCGGCUGAAAUCGACAAAGUUUUUGUCAAUAUUCCAGACCUGGUUAAAGUUCACAAGAGCCUGAUGGUCGAUGUGCAGGACUCCAUCUUAAACAAAAAUGCCCUAGAUCUCUACCAGAUUUUCAUCAGCUACAAAGAGAGACUGCUCAUUUAUGGGAUUUACUGCAGUCGGGUGGAGAUCGCCAUCGCUGUGUUAGACCUCAUUUGCAAAGAGAAAGAGGACGUUCGUCUAAAGCUGGAGGAGUGCUCAAAGAGAGCCAACAAUGGAAAGUUUACACUGAGGGACCUUCUGGUUGUCCCGAUGCAGAGAGUCCUCAAGUACCAUCUACUUCUUCAGGAGCUUGUCAAACACACUCACGAUGCUGCUGACAAGAGCAACUUGAAGAUCGCUCUUGAUGCCAUGAAAGACCUGGCUCAGUUUGUCAACGAGGUGAAGAGAGAUAAUGAGACUCUAAGGGAGAUCGACCAGUACCAGAGGUCCAUUGAAAACCUGAAUCAGUCUCUAAUCAGCUUCGGUCGACCAAAAGGUGACGGAGAGGUGCGCAUAAUCUCCAGUGUUGACAAGAGGAAACAGGACAGGCACAUCUUUCUAUUUGAUGUGGCUGUCAUUGUUUGCAAGAGGAGAGGAGACAACUAUGAGAUGAAGGACAUACUUGACCUCAACAACUUCAAGAUCACAAACAACCCCACCUCGGACAGAGAGAGUAAAAAGUGGUGCUACGGGUUCUACGUGACUCACCAGCAGGGGCACGCAGGCUUUGAGCUCUUUUUUAAGACCAGAGAGCUGAAGAAGAAGUGGCUGGAUCAGUUUGAAAUGGCCAUAUCAAAUAUCCGACCGGAGAAAGCCAACCACAACACCCACCAGUUCAUAAUGCACACCUUUGAAAGGAUCACUUCCUGUAGUCACUGUCACCUGUUGCUCAGGGGCAUCUUUAACCAGGGUUAUCUCUGUCUAAAAUGUGGACUGGGGGCUCAUAAGGAGUGUCUUGGUCGACUGGGAAUCUGUGGGAGAACAGAUUCUGCCAAGCCGAAGCCCAAGGAGAUCACCACACCACCAGAUCCAGGUUUACCCAGGAUGGUUGUGAUCAGAGACUACAGUGGCAUCCCCAGUCCCCAGUGCGGGCCCCCACUAAGCAUUCAUGCGGGGGAUGUCAUUGAACUGAUGUUUGCUGACCUGCACAGCUCCUGGUGGCAGGGAAAAAUUCUGGCGACAAGCAAGAUUGGCUUCUUUCCAAGUGACGCUGUGAGGCCUUGCCCAUGUGUUCCAAAACCUGUCGAUUACUCUGCCCAGCUCUGGUUUGCAGGGCCGAUGGAGAGAUACCAAGCUGAGGUGGAGCUUCUGGACCGAGGACACAGCACCUAUCUGAUUCGACACAGGAGCAAAGAGUGCACCGAAUACGCCAUUAGUAUAAAGUUCAACGAUAAAGUCAAGCACAUUAAGAUUCUGACCAAGGACUGCUGCUUUUACAUCGCUGAGAGUCGGCUGUUCAAGACCGUGCUGGACUUGGUGGAAUACUACAAGCAGCACUCUCUGAAGGAGGGUUUCAGCAGCCUUGACACCACUCUGCAGGUCCCCUAUAGGGAGCUGUCCAAUGGAAACAUGCCCAAGGCCAUUACCAAGGCUGGCAGUGUGUUUUCUCCCAGGGUUGUCGGUAUCGCAGUGGCACGCUAUGACUUCUGCUCCAGAGACACACGGGAGCUCUCCCUGCUGCAGGGAGACAUCAUUAAGAUCUAUACCAAGAUGUCCAAUGGGUGGUGGAAGGGAGAGGUCGACGGCAGGAUGGGCUGGUUCCCCUCGACCUACGUGGAAGAGGAGGACUGACUUUGCGGGCUGAAUGACAUUUAAUUUGGCGUCCAUUCAAAGCCAACCACCUCCAGCGAGCGCCGUGCUGCUCGGCCACUCUCUGUGCCCCGCGAGUCAGAUCUCUUUGAUAAAAACCCAGAGACUCGGACUAAAGAGGAAGUGGCGGUGCCCCUCGAAAACCUUCUCCUGCCCUCUGACAGACUCUCACACGGAGCAGAUGUCAAAUCACAGAUUCCAGGAGCGUCACACCAUAUCUCGCCUCUCUGCGGCCCUGUCUGGCCCCGCGGCCCACUGGGAAGUGCAUGUGCUGUACCCAGAUAACCCUCCCCCUCCUGCUCACCUUGUCUUAUUAUUGAUGGCUCCAUUGGCUGGUGUGAGACUUGCCUUCACUGUCAUCAUGUUUCAAUACCAAGGAAAGGCUCAGUCACCCAACUGGAACACAGAUUCUGCUGACAGCGCACCGCCCAGGUACCGCACCAAAUUGAAAUGCAGGAGCGGAGGAGCUUCGACUGUUGGAACACCAUAGCCCUCUUGGCUGUUCAGACUUUUGUGUUCAACUUUCUGUCUAAGACUUUUAUUUUUAACAGUUUAAAUCACUGGACUGAUAUAAACUUUGUGAUAUUUAAUACAAUCGGUGAAUUGUGAUUUGAUGAUGUUUUUAAAAAAAGGAUGGAAAGCUUUCAGUACCACAGCGUGAAGGAUUGAUCCGUCAUGCACGUGUGGCGUGUUUGACACCUUUAAGUGAAGUGAUUUAGUCAUAUCAUUACAGCACAACACGUCCGAAGACAAAGUAGUAGAUAAUGUUGUUGUUGGAAAGUGUUGAAAUCCACCGCUGAUAAAGCUAUGUCUCCAAGAUUUGA